UGCUCAGUUGGCUGGAUAGAUUAGUCUUAUCGUAAUUAAAAAUUUUUGAUACGGUAUUGAAUGGUAAAUUACCGUAUCAAUACCGUAUUUUGUACUGUAUUUGGUAUCAAAAAUAAAAUACCGGUAUUUGUACAUCACUAGUCUUGGGGCCCUGCAUAAAACCUAAUGAGUCGAGUGGUUGUCACCGGUUUGGGGAUGGUAUCUCCAUUGGGUAUCGGUCUUAAAAAUUCUUGGCAAAAUCUUCUUAAUGGCAAAUGUGGAAUUAAAAAACUUGAUGAUCCUGAAUAUGAUAAAUUGCCCUGUCGAAUAGCUGCUCAAAUACCAAAAGGACUUGGUUCCAAUCAGUUGGAUCUGAAUUCAAAAUUUUCAAAAAGUGAUCUGAGGACGAUGUGUUUAGCAACUGCAUAUGCUCUUAUCGCUGCUGACGAAGCAUUGAUUGAUGCAAAUUGGAAACCUGAAAUAGAAGCUGAUAAAAGAAAUACUGGAGUUGCGGUUGGCAUUGGCAUGAUUGAUCUUGUUGAUGUUUGUAAUAUGUAUGAAGAAUUGCAAAAAGGCUAUAGCAAAGUUAGUCCAUAUUUUGUUCCUAGAAUUUUGACAAAUAUGGCAGCAGGUCAGAUAAGCAUUAAAUAUGGAUUCCGAGGGCCAAAUCAUGCAGUAUCAACAGCCUGUGCUACAGGAGCACACGCUAUAGGUGAUGCAUACCGUUUUAUUAAAGGCGGUGAAACGAGUGUGAUGAUUUGCGGAGCAGCUGAGGCUUGCAUCAGUCCUUUAGCAAUUGCUGCAUUUUGUCGUCUUCGUGCAUUGUCAACAAACCGAAACGAUUUUCCCAAAGAAGCAUCUCGACCAUUUGACAAAGAUCGUGAUGGUUUCGUCAUGGGUGAAGGUGCUACAAUUUUAGUUCUUGAAGAACUUGAACACGCAUUAAAACGAAAUGCAAAUAUUUAUGCUGAAAUUCUUGGCUACGGAUUGUCUGGUGAUGCUUCCCACUUGACUGCUCCCAGUGAUGAUGGAACCGGUGCAAUUUUAUCGAUGGACAGAGCAUUGAAAGACGCAGGAUUGGAUCCACGUGAUAUUGAGUACAUAAAUGCCCAUGCAACGUCAACUCCUCGUGGUGAUUUAAAUGAACUCCGAGCAAUUGAAUCACUUUUUGGUGAACACAGUAAAAAUAUUUUUGUUUCAAGUACAAAAGGUGCUCAUGGACAUCUUCUUGGAGCUGCUGGAAGUCUGGAGUCUGCUUUCACUAUUUUAGCAAUUAAUGAUGGAAUAAUUCCUCCAACAAUUAAUUUACACGAUAUUGAUUAUAUAGGAAGGCUUAAAUUUGUACCUCAUAUAAAAAAAUCAUGGAACAGUGUCAAAAGAAGAGUCGGAUUAAAAAAUGCAUUUGGUUUUGGUGGUACCAAUGCUUCUUUGUGUAUAGGACAAUUCAUCUUAUGA